AUGUGGUGUAGUGGUGGUGGUGGUGGUGGUGGUAGCAGUAGCAGUAGCAGUAGCAGUAGCAGUAGCGGUAGCGGUAGCGGUAGCGGUAGCGGUAGUGGUAGUGGUAGCAGUAGCAGUAGCAGUAGCAGUAGCAGUAGCAGUAGCAGUAGCAGUAGCAGUAGCAGUAGCAGUAGCAGUAGCAGUAGCAGUAGCAGUAGCAGUAGCAGUAGUAGCAGUAGCAGUGGUGGUAGUAGUAGUAGUAGUAGUAGUAGUAGUAGUAGUAGUAGUAGUAGUAGUAGUAGUAGUAGUAGUAGUAGUAGUAGUGGUAGUGGUAGUGGUAGUGGUAGUGGUAGUGGUAGUGGUAGUGGUAGUGGUAGUAGUGGUAGUAGUGGUAGUGGUAGUAGUAGUAGUAGUAGUAGUUGUUGUAGUAGUAGUAGUAGUAGUUGA